AUGUCGGACAUUGAAGAGCUGCCAGAUUAUAACAAGUUCGCUGAAAUCGGAAGUGGUAUCCUACGUUGCACAGUCGCGUGGCACAACAAGGGACUUCUGAUUCCUGUCUCUAUCUUUCUGAUCAAAACGGGUGAUUCCAGUUGGAUUAUUGUGGACUCUGGACUCGAAACAACUUGGGAUGCACUUAACUCUGCACUUGACGGCGUUUUGAAGCCUGGGGAUACAAUCAGCCACAUGAUUCCCACACACGCUCAUCUCGACCACAUUGGAGCAUUUGAUUUGCUCAAAAAGCGCUUCCCGGAUAUCAUUCCGGCCAUAAUGAAGGAUGAAAUUCCGUUCGUCCUGGGCACGAUGAAGUUUGCUGAAGGAGCGGCCUCUCCCAUGUCAGUGUUUUCACUCAUUGGGAAGCGCAUGUUGCCAGAAACAUGGGUACCCAAGAACUAUUCAAAGGAUCAAGUCCUUGUAUUAAACGACGGAGACAUGCUGGGAGGCGGAACCAUUCAAGUAUACCACACGCCUGGCCACACGCCCGGAUCUACUUCCAUAUUACACGUACCAACAGGAGGGAUUAUCAUCGGGGACAGUCUUAUGAUGAUGGUAUCGUUGAGUCCUUCACUUCCAUGCUGCGGAGGAGGCCAUAAGAAGCCAUUCCUACAAGGUGCACCGACUUUAAGCACUAUGGAUCCACGCAAGAAUAUAGCCUCAGUCAAGAAGCUGCUGGGCAUGAGCAGUAUCAAGAACUUCUGGCCGUCUCACGAUUCAACCUUCAACGGCUUGGCGGUGUCUGACGCUCCUGAUGCAAUGGAAUCUCCCGCUAUGAAAGAGCUGGACGCCAAGAUCGCUCGUGAAAUAGCCGUAAGGGACGGUGCCAGAAAGAUGUUGACAAUUUUGAGCGACCGAAUGGCCAAAGAGAAAUGUCAAGCAGAUUUAUUAGAAUCCGAGAAACGUCUGGAUUACCUACGCAACCAAAAGUCUCUGCUAAUGCAACGUGCCAGUCAAUCGUCACUGUCUUCUAUUCAGUCGGGGGCCUCUGUAUCGUCGACUGGCUCGCUGACUGAGAUUAGUAUAGAUCCAGGUGCUGCAACUCCAAAUCACAAUAAAAGUAGAGAAUCAAGUAGUACUAAUCUAUCGGCUACCACUCCUGUAUUCGAACAUCUCAAACAUGAUCCAAACUACACAACCCAAAAAGUAAGGUACAAACUUCAGGAGGUCAGGAGUAAACUGGAAAUCGAACAACGAGUCAGAGAAGGAACUGAAAAGAUGUCGCAAGCUCUGGCCAACACGCCAAAUGCUGAUCAGAGACUUAAAGAUGAAGCAGCUGCUAAAAUGUCAGAGUGUGCUGCCAAAGUCAUGUUUUUGUCUGAAGCUGAAAAGAGAUACAAGGGUUUAUACGUAGAUACUGAAACCACUGAUUCACCAUCUGAAUCAAAUGCUAUAUUACAGGGCUCGUCGUCGUCAUACAGUAAUAUCUUGUCAUCGAGUGAAUCCACAGUGUCACCUGUUGGAUCAGCGCCUGGAACGCCACAUUCAGCCCGUGCUCCGAGAUUUACAUUAACAGGCCAUCUCCGUCUUCGUAUACUCACAGCGUCAAACAUACCUGGUCGUCGGUCACCAAACACUCAAAUGUUUGUGGUGGUACGUGUAGAUGGUGUAGAACGAGCCCAGACAAAGACUACGAGAAAAGAUUGGAAUGAAGACUUUGAUAUACCAAUUGAUCGGUCGCAUGAUGUGGAGAUAAGCGUAUAUGAUGAAGAUGGUAAACUGCUGUCCCUGAUUUGGUUUAAAUUGCAUGAUUUGGAGGAAGACCUCAAAUAUGUCAUAGCAAAAGCGGACAACGUUAGUACCUCAUCGCUUCAUACUGCAAGUACUGGAGCUUCAUCUGGUGCGGCCAAGCAACCCGAGCCGAUGGAAACGUGGCUGGAUAUGGAGCCAGGUGGUCAGAUUCGUGUUCGACUCAACUUUUUGAGUGAUGCCAUAUUGAGCAAAAAGGACGAAGGGAUAUUUCGUCGACAGCCUGUCAAAAAGGGUGUCUUUGCUAGAGGCCACAAAUUUAUACAGCAGCAAUUCUACCAACCUCUCAUGUGUUCUGUCUGUAAUUCAUUCUUAAUGUUUGGUCUUCGAUGUGAACAUUGUCGAUAUACCGCCCACAAGGAAUGUCACCGUCAGUCCCUCAAAUGUAUCAUCAAAAGUUACCAAGAGUCCAGAGACAACACCCAAGACAAAUCGCAACGUGCAUUCAACCUGUACCAUAUCCCACAUCGCUUUGAACCCUCUACAGUGACACCACCAGCAUGGUGUCAUCACUGUGGUCAACUACUACCACUAGGACGAAACCAAGCCCGUCGUUGCUCUGAGUGUAAACUCCAAUAUCAUCGUGAAUGUGAAUCUGUAGUGCCCAACUAUUGUGGAAUGACUGUGUCGACACUCAAUCAAAUGCUUGGGGCAAUUGAAGGGGCUGAUGCAAUGAAACGACAAAAGUUGCUUGAUGAAGAAUUAGCUGCUGCACAGGCUCAAUCAGCUAGUGAAAAGCCAGCUGCUGCCGUCAAUCAACCGGCUGUAGCUUCGAGACCUGUCGCGCCAUCUUCAGCUUCUGCUACUAUUGUGGCUCCUGAUGUCAAGAAACCUUCUGCCGCUACGAGUGGUAGUAAUAGUGAUUUAGCCAUCCCGCCGAAUAGGACCAGUAGCAGUGCUAGAAAGAUUGGGCUGGAUGAUUUCACAUUCUUGGCUGUAUUGGGUAAAGGUGCAUUUGGUAAAGUCAUGUUGGCUGAAGAACGCAAGUCAGGCAAGAUGGUUGCCAUUAAAGCAUUGAGGAAGGAUCAUUACAUUCAAACUCAAGAUGUUGAGAGUAUUCGAUCAGAGUUACGAGUAUUCUUGAUUGCAAGUCGUGGUCAUCAUCCAUUCCUGGUUAAUCUGUAUUCAUGCUUCCAAACAAAAACACGGGUGUAUUUCGUGAUGGAUUAUGCAGCAGGUGGUGAUUUGAUGUUCCAUAUUCAGGCUGGUCGAUUUACUAUGGAUCGAAUACGCUUCUAUGCUGCUGAAGUAUUGCUGGCUCUGGAAUAUUUCCAUAAGCACAAUGUCGUUUACAGGGAUCUGAAACCCGAAAAUGUCAUGCUGGUAGCAGAAGGACACGUAAAACUAGUCGAUUACGGUAUAUGUCGAGAAAACAUGAGAUAUGGUGAUCGCACAAACACAUUCUGUGGAACUCCCGAUUUCAUGGCUCCCGAAAUCUUAAUGGGAGAUCCAUACACACGAGCGGUAGACUGGUGGUCUUAUGGUGUCUUGCUCUAUGUCAUGUGGGCACGUAAAUAUCCAUACAAGGGAGACGACGAACGUGAAAUCCUGGAUGCUAUCAUGGAUCGUCCUAUAUCAUGGCCGCAAGAUCGUGAUCCAGAACUAGUUAGUCUGAUUACGAGAUUGUUGCAAGCAAAUCCUGCAAAGAGGUUGGGUGCUGGACGAUCAGAUGCUGAUGAGAUAAAGAGGCAUCCGUGGUUUAAUGGCGUUGAUUGGGAUGCAUUGUCGGCGCUUAAGGCUGAGCCGCCGUUUAAGCCUUAUCGAGCUUCAGCAACGGAUGUAUCCAACUUUGACCGUGACUUUACACGAGAAGAUCCAUUGGCCAUGACACCAGUGUUUUCUCGGUUGAGUGAGGCAGAUCAGGAUUCUUUUAAAGGAUUCCAAUCUGUGAUGGCUAUACGACUCUUAAUACGCACCUUGGUGCUAAUCUCUACCUUCCUCGCCAUCUCUGCCCAAAAACCAAUAAUCACAUUCUCCCUAUCCCCAUCAACAGCCACUAUACUAGACAUUAACGGUCUAAACAACAUCAACAUUUCAAUAUGGACCAACAUUUCAUCGACUGAUUCCAAACAAUUAAAUGUCAUUGCUGAUGGAUGUGGUCAGAAUUCCACAAUCGUGACAUCGAUUUUCACGAAUGCUACCAAUUCAUCAUCUGGAUCUAGGACGAUUGCAUUUCCUGUGAAUGGACUGUUACCUUGUAGUCAGACGAGGAUAUCUGUUGUUGGUAAUUCGAGUGCUUGGGGAUCGAUUGCGAGCUUGAAUUCGACGAAUGUUACAGUGCAGUAUGCGCCAUCGUUGAAUAUCACGUCGCCUGCUAAUGGUGUGUCGUUGACGUAUAUGAAUGGGUUUCAAGUUGGAAUAUCAACAAAUGCAUCCCUAUACACAUCAGCAGUCCCAAAUUUCACUGCCUUCAUAUACCCACCCUGCAUAUCAACCGGAUCAUUCUACCAACUAGUCCCAACCUACACUGGAUCUUCCGUUAUUCGAUCAUAUCUCGUAUCGCCUGGAGCACCAUUACAACUUGGAGCACACUGUCCCCUCAAAAUCAUUGGAAAUGAUGGUGCAUACAAUAGCGCCAUUCUGGCCAACAUUACUGUAACUUUUGUUGCAAGAACUUUGACAGUCGUGCAACCAGUUUCUGGUGCUACUGUUAGUGUUGCGACACCAUUUGUGGUUAGAAUGAGUAAUAGUAAUUUCCUUGGGACUGCGUUGUUGGAUGUUGGGGUUGUUGGUGCUGGGUGUAUGCCGGCUGUUAAUUAUUCACUUGGAAGCUAUACUGCUACUCAAGUGACAUCAGGAGUCAAUGUUGUGGUUGCCAACUACUCGACGUGUGUAAACAGGACCUGGAAUUUGGUUGUUGCUGCUCCGGAUGUUACAAGUUCUGUUUCGGUGAAUUUGGUUUUGCCUACCAGCACGACUUCUAAACUGUCGACAAUAUCGACAACAGUCAAAACAACGUCUACUGCCUCCACAACGACUACUACAAAACCAACAACGACUUUAGUGGUAUCCACUCAAGCAAGUACCCUAUCGACUUCUUCUUCAGCCAUGACAACAUCUUUUGUAUCAACGAGAGGAUUGUCAACGACUUCCAAUGUAGCAACCACAACCAGUAAACAAACCACCGGAACUAUAUCAGUUUUAAGUAUUCCGAGUCCUGCUACAAUUGUCGCUUCAACUGCCAGUACAAGGACGACAAGCUCAUUCGUGGCCUCUGCAACGAGCAGCAUCACACUUCCUUCUCCUGCGGCAUUGGGACCUAGCAUUUCAACACUUACAACGUCAGGAACUACUAGAAUGACGGGAACUGGAACUUUCACAGUUGCUACUCUGACUACUACAGUUGGAACGCAGACGACUACACUCUCUUCACUACCAAAGCCAGCCACGAUCCAAGGCACCACUACUUCCACUGCCUCAUACGCUAGUGCAUCUCCCAUCCCAAUCGUAGCAGCAUCAAUGCUUGAUACGAGCAUAUCAGAUGCAUUGACUCGUGUGCCAGCUGCAAUUCAAAGUGUCGACGUGAUUCUCAGUAUGAAAACUACGACGAUGACUCCAGUUACGUGGCUGUCUACUCAAACGCUGACUACAACUACGACGGUGUUGAGUGGAACUAUUACUGUUCCAAAUCCGGCAACAUUGACAAUCCCAGCAACAUUGACAACUAUAACAAACUCGGCAAUAACAACAACUACUAGUAAGAGCAGUACAACAGCUGCACCACCACAGAAUCCCGCUGUUGUGACUUUGAGUGCUGGUACAACAUCAACAGUAACAGUGUCGUCUGGAUCAAGUUUAGUAGCAACCACAACGAUAUCAUCUAGCCCAUCUAAUAUCGUAAUCGACAACCCAGCUGGAAACCCAAUAUUGAUGCAAACAAGCCAGAUUCCAUCAGCCAGUCCAUCUAGUAUGGUCGUUGAUAAUCCAGCUGGAAAUCCAGUUUUCAUAGCAGCAACCACAACGCAAAGUUUUGGAACGACUAGCUCGCCAGCUGCUUUAACUACUACUUUGAGCACUGCUGUUAGUACUACGAAAGGAGCAACAGCAACUAUGAAUGCUACAGUCUUGCCUGCUACAGUUGGUGCUAUUUCUUCUUCAACUGGAUUGGCCACUACCACUAGUAAUGGACCUUCGACAGUUGUUUCUACUGCAACGUCUUCAUCAACCACUGUACCUGUAACGACCUCAUCUAAGCCUGUAACAACAUCCUCAUCUGCUGUGAUAACAUCAAGCAGCACCUCCAUAACCAGCACUGCUACUACUACAGGUACUACCCAGCCUACCUCUACCACAAAAACCUCAUCAGCCAGUCAAACCUCAUCGUUAAUAACCAGUACCUCAUCCGCAACUACUACAACCUCAUCGGCAACUACACAAACAACCUCUUCAGCAUACAGCACCUCAACUAGCUCAUCGGUACCAAUAACGACCUCAUAUACUACUACAUACACGACUGUUGGCACAACGGCCACAACCUUAUCAGCUGCAGCCACAACAACAGUAUCCUUAUCCGAAGGAAGUGGAUUACAGCCAUUAGCACCAUCACCAGCGCCCACACUUCCCUCCAUCGAAACCACCUCCACAACCACAACAACAACCUCACUAGCCCUCGGUGCCAUCCAACCAGCCGCAACACUGUCCCUCAUAUCUUCCUCCCCAUCACCAUCCCCAACCGACACACCAACCUCAAACAUAAACACCACCGUAAUCCUCGCCGCGACCUUCGGAGCCCUCGGCGCCGUCGGAGCAGCAGGAGCAGCCGCCUUCUUCAUAUCCCGCAACAACAAGGACGGUGCAGCACGUGCACGUCGUAUCGCCAACGCACGAGUCACAGCUUCUGGAAACCUGGUGACUGCAUCUGGCGACGUGCUGAAUGCAUCAACGGAUUUGGUGGAUACGUCGGAGUGGGGAAUUGGAAUGUCGCGAGAUAUGAUACAGGUUUCGAGGCCAGAGUCUGCUGCUGUUUCUACAAAUCGUGGUCGUGUGACGCCAGUACAGAAUGUACACGAUGGUGUUGAUUUUGUUGCGGUUGAGCCCGUGCCGAUUGGGAAUGCACGGCCACAGUAUUAUAGACGCGAUGUGAGGAAACAGCCGCCCGUUUUUACGCCAUCUAGGCCGGAGAGUUCACGCAGUGCGAGGAUUGAUGUGGUAGGACAGUCGACGCCGAGUUUAAAUCCUGUGUGGGUGUCAACGCAGACGCUCAGGGAUCGUCCUUGGAUGCCGUGA